GUAUCUGCUUCAGAGCGGAGUGAACCGCUUAAUUACGUUAAUGACUAGUGGUGGGUGUAAUUUCCUCUAAAACAAAGUUUUAAUCCCACGAUUCGUUAAGGAAAACUGAUUUACCCAGUGACGCGACGUAUUAGACGGGAUUUGUAGUGUAAAAUGGUAAUCUCUUACGCUUUUUGAAGGGAACUCCAGUCUACUCUCCCUUCGACUGGGACGAGCGCGUUAGAUCGAGAGGAGCCUGCUGUACCGAGGAAAAGCCUCAUGUUUUCGUCAAGUCAAGAGGAGCACUGUGCCCUGACCAAAGACCCAGUGAAAUACGGAGAGCUGGUAGUCUUAGGGUACAAUGGCUCCCUGCCCAACGGGGACCGCGGUCGAAGGAAAAGCAGGUUUGCUCUCUACAGAAGGACGAAGGCCAACGGUGUCAAACCCAGCACCGUCCACAUCCUCACCACUCCCCAGGCCAGCAAGGCGGUGCACUGUAAAGGCCAGCACAGUAUCUCCUACACCCUGUCCAGGAACCACACUGUGGUGGUGGAGUACUGCCAUGACAAAGACACCGACAUGUUUCAGAUCGGCCGCUCUACAGAGAGCCCUAUAGACUUUGUGGUGACGGACACCGUGUCGGGGGGCCCUGAGGGAGAAGACACCCCCGUUACCCAGAGCACCAUCUCCCGCUUCGCCUGCAGGGUGGUCUGCGAGCGCACCCCACCCUUCACCGCCCGCAUCUACGCUGCCGGCUUCGACUCCUCCAAGAACAUCUUCCUGGGGGAGAAAGCCGCCAAGUGGAAGAACCCUGAUGGUCACAUGGAUGGCCUGACGACCAAUGGGGUGCUGGUGAUGCACCCGAGGGGCGGGUUCACAGAGGAGUCGAAGCCGGGAGUGUGGAGGGAGAUCUCUGUGUGUGGAGACGUUUACACCCUGAGGGAGACGCGCUCGGCCCAGACCAGAGGAAAGCUGGUGGAGACAGAGAGUAACGUGCUUCUGGACGGCUCCCUGGUGGACCUGUGCGGGGCCACCCUGCUGUGGCGCACGGCCGACGGCCUCUUCCACACCCCCACCCAGAAGCACCUGGAGGCCCUGCGGCAGGAGAUCAACGCGGGGCGGCCCCAGUGCCCCGUGGGCCUCAACACCCUGGCUUUCCCCAGCCUGCAGCGCAGCCGCGCCCUGCCCUCCCUGGAGGACAAGCAGCCCUGGGUGUACCUGGCGUGCGGUCACGUCCACGGCUAUCACGACUGGGGCCACCGGUCGGAGCAGGAGCCCAACGCCCAGCGGGAGUGCCCCAUGUGCAGGACGGUGGGGCCCUACGUGGCCCUGUGGCUGGGCUGCGAGCCGGCCUUCUACGUGGACACUGGAGCUCCCACGCACGCCUUCGUACCCUGCGGACACGUGUGCUCCGAGAAGUCGGCCAAGUACUGGGCGGAGAUCCCCCUGCCCCACGGCACGCACGCCUUCCACGCCGCCUGCCCCUUCUGCGCCACCCAGCUCAGCCUCGCCCAGGGCUGCGCCAAGCUCAUCUUCCAGGGACCCAUCGACUGAUCCGCGGGGGGUCUGUGUCUGGCCCCCGGGUGGUGGGCAGGGAGGGCAGGAGUGCCAACAUGCUGUGAAACUGUUCCCGUUUCCUUCUCUUCAGUUCGUUUUUUUUGUCUGUUCUAUAUAUUUGUUCUCUCUUCUCACCUGACUGUGGAGGGGGUCCAGUCCUCCCCAGGCAGGCUGGGGUGUGCUCAGCCGCUGUGUGGUCCUAACCUCCAUGCAGCUUAACCCAGAGGCAGCGGUCCAUUACACUGUGUUUGACUUGGACUUCCUCUGGGUCUUUGGAGGGCCGCUGGGACAAACGCAACACACAGAUGUGGAGCACACUUGACUUGAGGCUGGACAACCAAACCCUCUCAACUGAACUGUCAGACACCCGUUCGUUUUUUUGUUUUCAACAGAGCUGAAAACUCUUUUCUUUUUUUUUUGCUGAUGAUGCUGCUCAUUUCAAGUACAAGGGCUAUGAAAUAGGGGUGAGAGAGAGUUGUUUGGACUACCCGUAGUGAACCCUCACGUCAGUCCCGUCUUCUUCCAGCGGACAGGGCCGGUCUGAGAUUCUCCCCGCCGGUUCCCGCUGGCUUUGAGAUGAAUGAUUCCUGCAGUGCCCGACAGCUGGCCUGUUGGCUGUGAGAAGGUCAGAGCCUGCGAUGCUCAUCUGGUGGAACAGGCUGCAAGGCCCUAAAGAACAUGGAACCUGGGCGCUGAGCUGUCUGUUCGCUUGGAGAACUGACCUGAGACUAAAGUCAACACAAACCUUUCUCUGUGUGUACAUACAUGCAUCUGAGUGCCUAGGAAGCCCAGUGAAUCCUGGGAAUAUUUUUUUGCUCGAUUAAAAAAAAAAAAAAAAGCUAUUUUGUUGAAGGUGUAGGGUUCGAAUUUUAAAUACAAUGUAAGUAUAAAGAUAUGAAAGCCGAUAUGGGGGUCCCUUUCCACAUUUUUAUCUUUUUAAGAAGUAUUUUACUACACUGAGGCCCGUGUACAGUUUUCUAAUGAAAAUGUUAAUAUAUUUUUCUCUUGUUUAACUAUUGUGUGCAGUAGGUUAAACUGUGCAGGUUUGUUUCAUGUGUCAACACUCUGUAGAACUCAACCAGAGCUACCCCCUCUCCCCCAUCACAAAACAAGUGGCUACGUCAAUCAACAUAGUGAACCAUGAUGGCAAUGAAUGUAUUCCAAUACAUGGAUUCUCCUCACCAACUGUGCUUUAUCCUGAAUUGCAGCUAUUCCUUCAGUGAAUGGCUCGAUCUGUUUCGAAUCAACGUAGCUCUACUGCAAACCCGCACAGGCGUUUCAUGACGUCACAAAGGCCUUGUUCAGCAGUUGAGAGCGUGUACCUUUUUUUAGGAGCGUUCUCUCGGGCACAUCCAUCCACACCUGUGAGCUGGGUUUGGCCUCGCCCCGCACUCAAAGUUCCUGAGUUUGAUCUGCACUGUUCCAUUCUUAGCUUUAUGGCGUGUCUGGGUGCGAUCCAGUGAUUUGUACACUGCAUAGCCUGGCCUAGUCACAGGCUGCAGCAGUACAGGAUUAUACCAAAUAAUAUGAGGCUGGACUGUUUCCUCUCCAGACGCCUCCUUCAACCCAAAGUGUUGCUGUAAACGAACUUGGAACCAAAACUCUGAGAACAGUCUGGUCUUUCCCUCGCUGGCACUGUGCGCUCACCAGGCGCCGAGGAUCAGAAUAUUAUCUUGCACAAUGCCAAUCUUUUUUCUUUUCUUUUUUUUUUUAUCCAAUUGUGGAAAUUGAUUAAGUGGUCCAAAGAAGCUUAUGAAUGAGAGCAGACAUUUAAGUUAGGGAAAGUACAAAGCUAUACUUUUCAACAACGUUGAAGCCAAAUGAUUUAGACAUUACGUGGGUCUCCGUUAUGCGAACGGGCUCCCUUCCUAGGGUGACCCUGAAAAGGAGGACACUUGGGUCCAAUCCCAGGACAAUCCCAAAAAGUUGUUGACUACUGCCCCCCCCCCCCCCCUUGUGUUCGGAGCAAAAAAUGAUGUUAAGGAAGAGUCCCCGUCAGAACUAGCAUUAUCCUUGUGCCGUUGCCUAGCGCAGGCAUGCCGUUCUAAAGCCCCUUUCCCCCUACUAGUACUCCUCACGUCUAUAUCAAUUAGACAGAGCUUACAGAAGGCAUUAUAUUGAUCUUUGCUGCUCUUAGUGGCAAAGUGGAGUUCUGAACUCCACGUAGGUUUGAAGGAGGUCUUUCUUUUGGCAUCUGAAAGCCUACGCGAGUGGUAAAUUGCGACGGUGGGCAGGAAGGGGCAAAAGGGAGGACACGCAACAGCUGUCCGGACAAAGGGCUGGAAAACUGGACUAUCCGGACGACAUCCAGAUGUCUGAUCACCCUAUACUUUCCCCGUGACAUACGUACUGCAUGGCGGACCGCUGAGAUGCUGUUGGGUUCGCUGCCUUAGCGGGGUGAAGCCGUGUUCACGGCCCGGCAGAUCGAGGCCAAGAGAGGCUUGUUUUUGUGAUUUCUCUGCGGAGCAGGGUGACAGACGUGUUCUACUGUGGCAUUCCUUUCAACACUAGCUGUACGCGUUAUUCUAGUACCUAUACAGUUCCCUUCACGGUCCCGUUGACGUGCUCUGUAGCCUACCACUACCAACAACAAGCAGCCGCAGUAAACAUUCCCCGUAGAAGACUUGGGUGUGGUCCGUGAUGACCUCGGGCGCUGGGACUGUCUCUGUAACUCUGAACACAGGCCAUGACACGCACUGAUGCCCUCAAUGCCUACUUGCAAAAAUAAACAAAAGAAGAAAAAAA